GGGUUUUCCUUUAACCUGCAAGCUGUCUCUUCUCUUUAUAACUGCUUCACUUAAUUCUCUUCUACUUUUUUUUUUUUUUAAAUAUAAGAUAAGCUCAUAAAGACAAUUGAUUUCCGCUACAACAUUACACUGGGGAAAAAAUCCCAAAAAAACUUCUGGAAUUUGCAAGAUAUAAGGUGGAAUUUUUUGAAAGUGCUCAAGUGGAUUUAAAAAGUCCUGAAAUAUGAUCGCUUUAGUCUUCCUAUGGAUAUGCACGCUAAUUGUGAACUCCUUCACUUAUCCAGCAGUAAUAUCCCCACAAGACCCAACCCUAAUGAUAGGAUCAUCACUAACAGCAGCUUGUUCAGUGGACCCUGAAAUGAACCUGAAAGUAGAUGACCUAUUCUGGACCCUUAAUGGGAGAAGGCUCCCAGCGGAGUUGUAUAAGAUACUCAAUGGCACAGCUAUGAGUGUGACUUUGAAUAACUUGAAUGGAUCCAAGCAGCAGUCAGGAGAUAACCUGGUGUGUCACGGCAAAGACGGGAGAAUCCUGGCGGGCUCAUGUCUUUAUGUUGGAUUACCACCAGAAAAGCCCACUAACAUAACCUGUUGGUCGAAAAAUAUGAAAGAUCUAACUUGCAAAUGGGUUCCUGGGAGUGAAGGAGAAACCUAUCUGCAUACAAACUACACUUUGAAAUACAAAUUAAGGUGGUAUGGCAAAGACAACACAUGUCAAGAAUAUCAUACCAUGGGGCCUUAUUCCUGUCAUAUCCCAAAGGAUCUUGCCCUCUUUACACCCUAUGAGAUUUGGGUGGAAGCUUCGAACAGGCUGGGUUCCACCACCUCUGACAUAGUAACCUUGGACAUUCUUGAUGUGGUGACCACAGACCCACCAUCUGAUGUCCAUGUGAGUCGGGUUGGUGACUUGGAGGACCAGCUAAGUGUCCGAUGGAGUUCUCCCCCAGCUCUGAAAGAUUUUCUUUUCCAAGCUAAAUAUCAGAUCCGAUAUAGGGUAGAAGACAGUACAGAGUGGAAGGUUGUUGAUGAUGUGGGCAACCAGACAUCCUGCCGUCUUGCUGGAUUGAAGCCAGGAACUGUCUAUUUUGUUCAGGUUCGCUGUAACCCGUUUGGGAUAUAUGGAUCUAAGAAAGCAGGCAUCUGGAGUGAUUGGAGCAAUCCCACUGCUGCCUCAACUCCGAGAAGUGAGAGGAUCACUGGGGUAUGCGAUCCAAAGAGUGGGGAGCAAAACUCUACCCUUAGACGGGAACUGAAGCAGUUCUUUGGAUGGGUCAAGAAACAUGCAUAUGGCUGCUCCAACCUUAGCAUCAAGUUGUAUGACCAGUGGAGAGUAUGGCUGCAGAAAUCCCACAAAACACGGAACCAGAUUUCUGAUACAUACCAUGCCCUAAUUGCGGUCUAUAAACACAUGAGGACUUCUUGGAGAUGAAUACCCCAUAAUACACGUGCUUUUAUAAGACUAUAAAGAGUUGUGUUACUGGGAUGUUAAGAGAUUACACAAUAACUCUUUAUUAAAUGUUUUUCAGCGGUUAGAGGUGCCAUCCCUUGUAGCCAGUAAGAAAGCAUAUUUUAUAAAGAAUUUUAAGUUACAAUUAGCCCUCAACACCCUUUUUAGAAUUGUAUUUUUGAACAGAAUAGAAUUUACUCCGUUUCUUAAUUUUACUUAAAGAUUUAGUGAACCCUUUGCCCUUGAGUCAUCUUUACAUGUUUAUCUUAUGUUAAAAACUAAUGAAAAAUGACUUCUACUCAAAAAAACUUGACAUACUCUGGUAACAACUUCCUGAUGGUCUACUGAGAAGUGAGUGGCAUCUAUUUAUUUUUGAGGCACAAUUGACCCUUGCUAGUUUCUCCUUUAUCAUGAGAACAUCUGCAGAUUUUAUGUUAAUAGUGCUAUUUGCUUGGCUGUAAGCUGUGUGCAGAAGAUAAAGGGCUGUCGACCCUUUUGGUUGCAUUACUACAUCCGGUCAUUAGUAAAACUUGCCAGUGGUGAUUAUCCCUACAUGGAUUUCAAAAUUCAGACAACCUUAAGCAUACACCGUGGUUCCCUUUGCACAAAUGGUAUAUGGAACAACGAUGUUUCAGUUUUAUAUAGCUGCCAACAGUUCUAAACGGAUUCAAGUCUCCUUUAAGCAUUGAAGUGGGUACUGCC